AUGACGUCUAUUUUUAGCAGUAUGCUAGCUUUGUUACCUUCAAUGGUACCCUUCGCAUCAUAUGAAGCAAUGCCAACACCAAUAAUUCCCUCUACAUGCCGCUGCUUUCCAGGAGAUAAAUGCUAUCAGCGAUUGGGACAGUUUCAAUCAAAAAUAGGCGGAAAACUAAUUGCUCCCGUCCCCAUCGCGGCCGUCUGUCACAACGAUCAGUUUGCAACCUAUAAUGCAAUAGUAUGUGCUACGUUGAAAGAAAACUGGUUUCUCCCAGAAACCCACCUUUCUUCCUCUUCCUGUUGCUCUGCUAUGGCUUGGAUGUUCGCAGAUAACGCGUGCAAUCCCUUUCUUUCGAACACUACAUUGUGUGCAUUAGGUAACUAUGUUAGCUAUACAGUCAAUGCAACUACCGCGGACGAUGUUAAAGAAGCAGUCAAAUUUGCCAAUCUUUUUAAUGUUCGUCCGGUGAUUCGCGCCACCGGCUAUGACUAUAAUGGCAAAUCCACUGGGGCUGGUGCUCUUGCCGUUUGGACAUAUCAUCUCACAUCCAUAUCUCUCACCGACUCGUACGAGUCUGCAGCAUAUACAGGAAAGGCAGCAGUAGUCGGAUCAGGGGUCUCAUCUCAACAAGCCUAUGAAUUUGCCGAUGCAAACAACGGCAUCAUUAUUACGGUAAAUUAUCCUACUGUCGCACCGGCUGGCUGA